GGCGUCACUAUGUCUGCCAUUUUCAAUUUCCAGAGUCUGCUGACGGUCAUCUUGUUGCUUAUAUGUACCUGUGCUUACAUCCGGUCCUUGGCACCCAGCAUCUUGGACAGAAAUAAGACUGGAUUGUUGGGGAUAUUUUGGAAAUGUGCCAGAAUUGGUGAACGAAAAAGUCCAUAUGUGGCAGUGAGCUGUGUAGUGAUGGCCUUCAGCAUCCUUUUCAUGCAGUAGCCUGGAAAAAGUAACACUUGAAUUUCCAUCAUAUUUCACUAUAAACAAGGACUUGCCUUCAGAAAUACUGGGCAGAAUGGUUAACCCUUUUA